AUGAAUAAUCAAAAAUUGUCAUCUGAGAAUGAUUCAACAACAAAUUUCUAUAAGAAAUUCUUCAAUCGAAAACCCGAAGUGACAAUUGUGGCGCAUGUUUUAACAUCUGAGGAGAAGAAUUCUCCCAACGAAAUCGAGCCGAAGAAGGUGAAAAAGAACUCUAGAUCGACAAAAUCAUCAAAUUCAACAGAUGAAGAUGCAAAAGAGAAAAAGUUUCGACCUCCACCAAUUCCAACGCCCCCUUUUCCGGAAGACAAGUGUGCUCCUUCCUUUCCCAUCAAUGUGAAGGAUUAUGUGCAGUACACAGGCAAGUCAGAAAAGCAAUCAGUAGUGGCUGAAUUGUAUGAAGAACCCUCCGUUAAAAAUGUAUCACAAGCAUCGCUUGAAGAAGUCCUCAAGGCGGAGAAAGCACCUCAAGAUGAGAAGCAUGUGAUUGAGGAAGAAAAACACACCGUUAAGAGCAAAAGUGUGCAAACUGUCGAAGCUCAGAAGGCAAAAGUUCCACAGAAAGCUUCAGAACCUCAAAGGAAAUCUUAUAUAACUUCUGUGGAAACUUGGAGACCAACAAGCGUUAGGAUCAUCUGCAACAAGUGUGGCCAAAGAAGCAGACCCAUCUUGAGGACUUACACGCGAAGACUCGCUACAUCGCAGAUUGCAGCAAAUUGCAUCUUAACUUGCUGGCCGCUUUGCUUUCUGCCCUGCCUCGCCAAGAACAUCCAGCAACAGUUCCUCUACUGCAGUAAGUGUGACUACUGCCUUGGGGAGUUUCAGCAAAAGAAGCGUUGAAGACAUUGAAGAUGGGAAAAAGAGAAAUUCUGUGUCUUUUAUUUGGGUUUUCUGUACGAAAAUUAAGUGUAAGAAAUCAAGAAUGAA